AUGGUUGCCUUUGAUCGCCGUACGGCCGUGGUUGGUGUUGUGCUGGUGUGUGCCAUCCUGAACCUGGCUUACGGGGCCGAAACGAGCGAUGGUGCCCUUAACGAUGGUGAUUUGACAGAGGGACGCACCUUCGGGCACCACUUCCUGAAGCGCAUCAGCUUCGCCAUGAUUCCGGCAGCUUUCAUCGUUGGCGUCAUCACAACGCUACUGUCCGCGCUGACCGUGGUGUCGAUGAAGGGCCUCGGAGUUGGCGUCAUCCUUUUGGUGCUUACUAUCUCGCAAGUAAUUGCCCGAAGCUUCCCUGCCCCGCUGCCCGCGCCACUUCCGGUGGCCUACAGUGCACCCGCCCCGGCCCCCAUUCCGCUCGUCUACAAGGACUGGUGA